AUGGAGGUUCAAAUUUUAGUGAAAGCGGUGGUGUCCAUUACUUUGGUUGGCAUCCUGGGUGGCUUGGUUUUCCGUCUGUAUAGAGAACUAGUGGGCAAUCCAGAGAAGAUUAGGUCGGCCCUGCGGAAACAAGGGAUAGGCGGACCACCGCCCACUCUUUUGCUUGGCAACGUACUGGAGAUGAAGAAGGCUCGAACCGCCACCAACUGUGCUAAUGCUCUUUUCCCCUUUAUUGGACCCUGGCAUAACAAAUAUGGUCAUGUCUUUGUGUUUUCUAUUGGAGUCAUUCCAAUAUUACAUGUGACCCAACCAGACAUGGUGAGGGAGAUCACCACAUGCACAUCCCUGGACUCCUACUUAGCAAAAAACCGUGCCUAUUUGCUUGGUCGGGGCAUUCUGACUUCGAACGGAAAUCAAUGGGCUCAUCAGAGGAAGAUCAUUGCACCAGAAUUCCAUGGUCAAGGUAUUAGGGGAAUGAUAAAGCUGAUUCGAGAGUCUGCCAUGACUUUAAUAGACGUGUGGAACAACAUGAUUGAGGCCAAAGGUGGUGUAGCUGAUAUAAAGAUUGACCAGCAUAUGAGGAGCUUCUCAGGCGAUGUAAUAUCGAAAGCAUGCUUCGGGAGCGAUUAUUCAAAAGGAGGAGAGAUCUUCGUCAAACUCAGAGCUCUUCUGGAAUGUGCUUCCAAGAAGGGUUUCAGCUUUGGCAUUCCAUUCAUGAAGUACCUUCCCACAAAGAGCAACAGGGAAGCAUGGGCAUUGGAGAAGGAUUUGAGAACAUUGAUUUUGAGGGUUGUGAAGGAAAGGAAUGAAAGUGGUGACGAGAAGGACCUGCUGCAAACCGUUCUGGAAGGAGCUAAGAACAGUGAACUGAGCCCAGAUGCAAUCGACAGCUUCAUAGUCGACAACUGCAAAAACAUAUACUUGGCUGACUUUGAAACCACUGCCCUGGCAGCCACAUGUUGUUUGAUGCUGUUAGCAGCUAAUCCAGAAUGGCAGGAACGCGUUCGUGGUGAGGUCCUUGGCGUUUGUGAUGGCCAAGCUCCUGACAGCGACACGAUUAGGAAAAUGAAGGUGCUAAGUAUGGCGAUUAAUGAGUCCUUACGCCUCUAUCCUCCAGUUGCGAUCAUGUCUAGAGAGGUUUUCGAGGAAAUGAAAUUUGGGGGCGUUCACGUACCAAAAGGCGUGAAUAUUUGGGCACUCGUCUUGACUUUACACACAGAUUCUGAAGUCUGGGGAGCAGAUUCCUACCAGUUCAAUCCAGACAGGUUUGCAAAUGGGAUCGCUGGGGCUUGCAAGCUUCCGCACUUAUAUAUGCCAUUUGGAGUUGGCCCAAGGGUGUGCCUUGGACAGCACUUGGCAUCGGCGGAACUCAAGAAUUUGUUGUCUCUCAUUUUGUCAAAUUUCACUUUUACCCUCUCCCCUACUUAUAUUCAUUCCCCGACUUUAAACCUGGUUAUAGAGCCCGAACAUGGAGUUGAUCUGAAUGUGAAGAAGCUAUAA